UGUCUACAUGCGCCUGCCUGCUCCAGACCGUUGCAAGUUCGAUCGAUCGAUCGGUUGCCGCUUUCGGAUAUGCCGGGCGUCAGGUCGGAGCCUCCGGCGAGCGGCUUGCCGGAGCUCCCGCGCAUCCGCACCGCUCGCCCCGCGGCCCCUUCCAUGGCAGUGGCAACUGCCAAGGCGCAUGGCGGUAGGAAGGCGAAAGCAGAGGAUGAUCGGGAGAAGCGGCGCAAGAGCGUUAGCAGGGGGGGCUGUGGCGGGUCCGCAUUGUCAGAGAGACGUAGGAGCCCGCCGGAGCUGGAGAAGAGGAGGUGCUCCUGGAUCACCGCCAACUCUGAGCCCCUGUACGUUGCAUUCCAUGAUGAAGAAUGGGGAGUUCCGGUACACGAUGACCGUAAGCUGUUUGAGCUGCUUACCUUAUCACAAGCCUUAGCUGAGCUCUCCUGGCCCGUCAUUUUGAGCAAGAGGGAGGAGCUCAGGGAGAUGAUUGAUGCUUUCUACAAUGCGUCCGUGCGCGACUGCACGGACAAGAACAUAAACCGGUUGUCCAGGUCAAACGGAGGCACGUUGUUGUCGGAGCAAAAGAUGCGAGCUCUGGUCGCAAACGCCAAGCAAAUGAAAAAGGUAAUCCGUGAAUUCGGAUCGUUCGACAAGUAUUGCUGGAGCUUCGUGAACCACAGGCCCGUCACAAACGACCUCCGCCACGCUCGCCAAGUGCCCACCAAGACGCCCAAAUCUGAGGCCAUGAGCAAGGACCUGAUGCGUCGAGGGUUCCAGUGCGUCGGCCCCACGACGGUCUACUCCUUCAUGCAGGCCGCCGGGAUCAUGAACGACCACCUACGGUGCUGCUUCAGGUUUGAUCAGGCUCGCAGCCAGCCCAAGGCUGCCGAGGAGAACAUGAGAGCCGAGAUAAGAUUGGGGUCGCCUGCUUCAGAGGAUUCAGAGAUCAGCGAGGUGUAGUUAGCCUCUGAAACUUGCCUUGCUUUGUAUCAUAGUACACCAUUCUUUAUCUUGUACUUCCUCUGUAAACUAAUAUAAGAGCAUUUAGAUCACUAGACUAGUGAUCUAAACGCUCUUAUAUUAGUUUACGGAGGGAGCAUAUGUGUGCUCAUCUUGUGUUUACCGCUCGUCAGACAUGACAGUUAUUACUACCUUCGUCAGACAGUUGGUUUGACAGUGCAUUUCUUCUGAUGUGUUAGGUGUCAGGUCACUUGUAGUGUGAGUACAUUAUACUCCCUCCGUUUCUAAAUACUCCUUCCGUUCCUAAAUAUAUGUCUUUUUAAACAUUUCACAAGGAGACU